GUGUCAGUUGGAAGCAGAUACCGGACGGGUAGCGAAGGAGGAAGUUUGUGACAGCGCAGUGGAUUUGACAAAAAUCGGUGCAUUUGCUAAAAUAAUCUCGUUCCAGUCAUGGCACAAGCGGAUAUUGCUCUCAUCGGCUUGGCCGUGAUGGGUCAGAAUCUGAUCCUGAAUAUGAAUGACCAUGGCUUUGUUGUCUGUGCCUACAACAGGACCGUAUCCAAAGUGCAUGACUUCUUACGAAAUGAAGCAAAAAGCACAAAAGUGAUAGGUGCGGAGUCUCUCGAGGACAUGGUCUCUAAGCUGAAGAGUCCUCGUCGUGUCAUACUCCUUGUGAAGGCCGGCCAGGCUGUCGACGACUUCAUAGACAAAUUGGUUCCUCUUCUUCAACCUGGAGACAUCAUCAUCGAUGGGGGCAAUUCUGAAUACAGAGACACAACACGACGGUGUCAGAGCUUGAAGGCCAAAGGCCUGCUGUUUGUGGGCAGUGGAGUUAGUGGAGGAGAGGAGGGGGCACGCCACGGCCCGUCUCUUAUGCCAGGCGGACACAAGGAAGCAUGGCCUCACAUAAAAGACAUCUUUCAGAGCAUCGCUGCCAAGGUUGGCACAGGGGAGUCUUGUUGUGACUGGGUUGGAGAUGAGGGAGCGGGGCACUUUGUAAAGAUGGUCCAUAAUGGCAUUGAGUAUGGAGACAUGCAGCUGAUCUGUGAGGCCUACCACCUGAUGAAGGAUGUCCUGGGCAUGGAUCAUGACGAGAUGGCCCAGGUUUUUGACCGGUGGAAUAAAACAGAGCUGGAUUCUUUCCUCAUUGAGAUCACAGCAAACAUCCUCAAGUACAGGGACACUGAUGGCACUCACCUGCUGCCGAAAAUCCGAGACAGUGCAGGGCAGAAGGGAACGGGCAAAUGGACGGCCAUCUCCGCCUUGGAAUAUGGCAUUCCUGUCACACUUAUCGGAGAGGCUGUCUUUGCCAGAUGUCUCUCCUCUCUGAAGGAUGAGAGGGUGUUGGCCAGCAAGAGCCUGAAAGGGCCUCAGGGGGCUAAGUUUACUGGGGACAAGGAUCAGUUUCUCGAAGACAUUAGAAAGGCUCUGUAUGCCUCCAAGAUCAUCUCCUACGCUCAGGGCUUCAUGCUUCUGAGGCAGGCGGCCAAGGAAUUUGGCUGGUCCCUCAACUACGGUGCCAUCGCCCUGAUGUGGCGGGGUGGCUGCAUCAUCCGGAGUGUUUUUUUGGGAAAGAUCAAGGAGGCCUUUGAUCGGGACUCUGAGUUGCAGAAUCUGCUGUUGGAUGGCUUCUUCACAAACGCUGUACAAGACUGCCAGGCAUCAUGGCGACGUGUCGUAAGCACGGGAGUUGAGCUGGGCAUCCCUAUGCCAUCCUUCACCACAGCGCUGUCCUUCUACGAUGGCUACAGGCAUGCCAUGCUGCCAGCCAACCUGCUGCAGGCGCAGAGAGACUACUUUGGCGCCCACACAUACGAGUUGCUGUCAAAUCCUGGUCACUUCAUCCACACUAACUGGACAGGCCAUGGAGGAAAUGUGUCCUCCACUUCCUACAAUGCCUAAGGCUAAGGAAUCUCAUUCCAGCAGAGAGCGCUGUUGUUCAAGAACAUGGGACUAGGGCACCUGAACAAGACAAUGCCUCCAACUUAGAACCUGAAGUACAGCCCUAUCUAACCAUUAGUCAAGGGUUUUAUGACGUCCUGAAAUAAUGCAGAGUUCUGUAUGUAAUGGGACACAGUCAUGUGUAAACAUUUUGCAAAUUCUUCCUCUUUUCUGAAAGUAGUACAACGCAUAAGGCCCUAUGCCACAGACAAUGAGGACUAGUGUAGUACUAGUUAUUUUCCCCCAAAGUCGAAAGCACUGACCGUGGAUUACGGUUCAUUAUUGCACUGUCUUGGCCUAAAUAGAGUUGAAUCCAUUUUUAAUUAGCUUUGGUCCACUUCACUUGACUUUUUGUUUUUGUAUAUGCAAAAUUAACCGUCAACAGCAGAGAGAAUUUUCGUAUUAAAAGGGAGAGUUGUGUUUUUCGAUGCUUCCCUGACUUGGAGAAUAUAUAAUUUGGUGUUUUGUACAGUUACUAUGAACCACAUAGCAGCAGACACUAGUAAGUGUCUUGUUGGUAAGGAAGUUGUUUCCAUGAGGAUAUUGUGUUGUGUAAUCUAUAUUACCUUUCUCAGUUGCAUCACAUGAUGGGGAAACAUUUAUGAUACAGUAAUAAUAUACUUACACCAGAAGAUAUUAGGCAUCGGAGAGGAGACUGGGAAAACUCAGAAGACUCGGAAUCAGAUAGGGAAGCAAACGCCUGCACUUCAGCUCUUUCCACUAGCCAUUUGGAAUGUUUUCCCUGUUGUGUUACUUGAAAGCAGCUUUUCAUGGAAAAGGAAGUUGUACUUAAUAGUUUUUGCUCAUUGUGUAAAUGUAUAUUAAAAACCAAGACAACCUGGCAA